UUCGUCAAUCAGUCUAUCAACUUUUUCAUUUAGUUUUUUGUUAUCACUAAGUAUAUUGUUAACUUUUCCCACCACAUUAAGACUUCAGUAUCCGAAACUUAUUUUGCACUGUGAGAAUGGCUUGGCUAGUAGAGCUGGUACAAAAUAUACCACAAAUCCAUUUCGGUUUCUUCAGGCAUAUUUUAGUCAUCGGGCAGACUACAGCACAGCAGUAUCAAGUACACAGAUAAAUAUGGACAAUACUCCACGCAGAGCUGUUAUGUACUGCCCAGGGGAUGAUAUCAAGAAAAUCAAUAAAGGUUUAACAAGCAAAGCUGACUGCAUAGUUUUGGAUUGUGAAGAUGGAGUUGCAAUAAAUAGAAAGGAGGCAGCUCGUGAUCUGAUCAAGAGUGUGUUUGACUCUGCCGUACCUGUGAGGCCAGAGGUUUCUGUAAGGGUUAACUCUGUGAGCAGUGGCCUUUGUGAUAAAGAUUUGGCUGUAAUAUUAUCAGCAUCUCAUACUCCACAGACCAUAUUUUUGCCCAAAGUGGAGUCUGUAGAGAAUUUACAAUGGUUUGCUGAACAGCUUGGCCAACAUUUGAGGAAGGACAGCAGAGUGAAGCUAGUGAUGUAUGCUGAGUCAGCCCGAGCUAUCCUGGACCUGCCAGACAUCUGCAGAGCUGCAGUACAGCUGUCUCGGUCUCACAUGUUUGUACCUGUCGGACUGGUGUUUGGCAGUGAUGACUUGUGUGCCAGCCUAGGAGCGGCUAGGAGUGUGGAUGGUAGUGAGAUCUUAUAUGCCAGACAACGUCUUGUGCUUGUGGCAAAAGCGUUUGGCCUUCAGGCUAUUGAUAUGGUUCACAUCCAGUUCAAAGAUCUUGACUCAUUAAGAGAACAGAGUAUUGCUGGUGCUCGAUUGGGUUACACAGGCAAACAAGUUAUACACCCAAACCAAAUAGAGACAGUCCAGAGUGCAUUCCUGCCUAGUCCUGAGCAAGUACAAUGGGCGAGGGAGGUUGUCAAGGGAUUCAACCUUAGUCAACAAGAGGGCAGAGGAGCUUUUGUGCAUGCUGGAAGUAUGGUUGACAUGCCCUUGCUCAGACAAGCUGAAAAUAUAAUUAGAAUUUCUGAAAUUGAUGGCAGGGACUAAUCUGAGUCUCAUCAAUUAAUUUAUGAUUGAAGAAGAUGUCGCUGAAGAGAAUAUCUAGUCAAAUAUGUGGCCUGAGAAAAUAAUUUUAUGGUUAUAUACUUUGCCAUUUGAUAUCAGCUCUAUCAAUCAGUGUUUAUGUACAGUAUUUGUAAAGAGCCUAAACAAGCAAGAUGUCAUUAGAUUCUUAUUCUUAAGUCUAAACAGCUACUAAGGCACUUAGACAAGGAAACUUCUGCACAAAAGGGAAAGAGUAGCAUGCCACCAAUUAUUUGGGCUACAUAAAUAAAUAAAUAGUACUGUGAAGAUUUUGUUAUCACCACCAGUACUGCACUUCAAAACCUGUAAAAAAGAGAUAAAGCAAGAUCUUGUAAAUAUUAAUAUUUAAUACAUUUUAUUGUCUGUUUCUGAAAUAAACUUUUUUACACUUU